AUGAGAAAAAACUUCUGUCUCUCCUAUCUAUUAUUGAUAUCAUGUGUACUUGUUGGAGUUGUAGCCAUAUACAAAGAUAUUGUUCUAGCCAUUGAUACAUCGGACAGUGUCGAUGCUUCAGAUCUCAAGGAUGCCAUAGACUUUAUUUACAACGUCACAAAAUGGAUAACAAUAGGCCCGCAAGAUAUCCAAGUGGCGGUGGUGACGUAUGCUAGCGACGUCACGGAGCACUUUGACCUUGAUGAUUACCUCACUAACAAUACUUUGUUAAGCGCAAUGGAAGCUCUGAAGUCAAAACUUACACCAGGUGGCGGCACGUAUACUUUUGACGCCCUGACAUACGUCAAAACAACGUCAUUUUUGCCCAUGCGCGGCUCCCGGAAUAACUCGAUGAAGGCGGUAUUAGUGAUGACGGAUGGUCAGUCUACGAACUAUCCGCUGACAGUCAAAACGGCAAAUGAACUACGAACCGAGCUGGGAGCCGAGGUUUUUGCCAUCGGGGUUGGACAAGACUCAAAGAAAAAUGUGGAGAUUCAAGGAAUAGCGAGCGAUCCCGACUCUUACUACGUGUACUAUGUGGAUUCCUUUGAUUACCUUUGCAGCGUGGUGCCGUCCCUCGUCCCAAAACUUGAUCCAGACGCCUUUGCUCAGGGUGUGUCGUCUUGUCCCACAGCAGCGCCAGUUGAACAAGAUGAGGUUGCUACGUCUAGUUCCAACUCCAGCGUCAUCAUUGCCACAGUGGUCUUGGUUGCGGUUGUCCUGCUUUCCGCCACCAUAACGACGGCUGUCAUUAUUGAGAGAUCCACGCGCGUUCCCUCCUUCACAUCCAUGGAAAGCCAGAUAUCCAGCAUCGUAAACCAGUACGGAAACGCCCCUCUAGGGGAAUCCCCAGCCAACUUCGAUGCUUCCCAGUUAGAUCACAUCCCUGAACUUGGACCCCGCGAGAUCAACCUGGAUAUCGUAUCGCCCUCGCAGUUCCAGCCUCGUCUUGAUCCAAUCCCAAUCCGGAACUUGGAAUUGCUCUAAAAAAUACUCGGUGUGCUCGAUUGAUGCAGAACGAUGAACUAACUCCUGAAGAAGUUUUAGCUUCAGUUGUUAUGGACAUGUAUGUUACUAUCCGUUUGGUGCAACAAGUUUAUGUAGAUUGUUAUUAUUAAACUUAUAUGAGCGGUUAUGUUUAACAGAAAUAAAUAAAUGUAUCAAUAAUUGUA